AGAAGCCGUUGGAAGGAUGGUUUCCUCUCUUAUGGAAAACGACGUAGUAAAACAAAUGAAUUGGUCAGGACUUGGUGAAAAUCUAAAAAAACCCUUUCGUGAUUUGAAAUGCCGACAAGUUCUGGAAAGAGCAUUGCGAAGAAAUCCACCAACGAAAGGUGCUUCAAAAAGUGAUGUGCAGAAGGCCGUGGUUCACUAUUUAGCAGGGGCUAGUGAUCGUAAUGGUAGUAGAAAACAAAGAGCCAUUCGACAAUCAAUAAAAAACACUCACUUUGAACAUCGUGCACUAAUGCCUACAGCUUCAUCGGCAGUUAUAGAACAACCUUUAGUAGCGCCUAAAACUUCAGCGGAAGUUUUACUGCAUCAUUUGCCACUUUUCUGCUCAGACGACUCAAACAAUUAGUUAUGUUAAAAAUUAGUUAUGCUAAAUGCUGCUACCUUAUAGUUUCUUCAGAAACGUUUUAAAAGUUGUUUCCCAUAUUCAUAAUGUAGUUAUAUUUUUCGUGUAUUAAUAUUGUAUUUUAUGUUGUGGUUAUGUUUUUAUUAUGUACAUGUGUUCAAAUUACAGAAUAUAUUUCUUUAUACCUGG